AUGGCUAAUGGGAUGAUUACCGAAGUGAUGGAUGAGGAAAUCAAGAACACUCUUUUUUGUUUGGGCGAUAACAAAGCUCCUGGACCAGAUGGUUUUAGUGCCUAUUUCUUCAAGAAAGCUUGGGAUGUGGUGGGCAAAGAUGUGACUAUGGCUAUUAAAGACUUCUUCAAAGAGGGCUUCUUAGGGAGAAUUAAGAGCGCUUUACCUCUCUUCAUUGAUCCUGCACAAGCAGCCUUUGUUGGUGAUAGGAGAAUAGGAGAUAAUAUCCUGUUAUGCCAACAGCUGGUGCACAACUACAAUCGAGCUUCGGCCAAGGAGAAAUGGUGUGCCUUGAAAGUUGAUUUAAUGAAGGCUUAUGACUCGGUUAAUUGGGAGUUUCUCUUACAAGUCCUAAAGAACUUUGGAUUCCUAAGUGUACUUGUCAAUUGGAUAUCCAAAUGCAUCACUACUCCUAGGUUCUAG